UUAUGCCGCGCUUGGAAUAAUUUUAAUUGCUGCAAUUAUGUUUUCGUUUCUCUUGUUUGCGGUAUCAGUCCAGUUGUGUUUUUGCAUUCUUUCUCCUUUUUGUAUUGCAGUCUACUGAAUUAGCGUGGAAGCUUUUGAAUUCAGAAGUUUCCAUGCUAAGCGAUGUUGUAACCGUAUCUGUUGGCAGUUGCAUUAUUAUAAGCAGCCUUUUCAUAUAAACGUUUUCCGGCAAGUGCCGAGCCGAGGUGCCGGGGCCUCAGCUUCUUCAGGUGUCGAAUCCACUGUCUACGCGGUCCGCAGUGAUGGAGCCGAUUAAACUUGUUAUUUAUGUGGUUGCAACAAUUCUUGCCUUUUUCCUGGAGCUCGUGAUCUCGGUUAGUGGUUAUUUGCUCCGCGUGAUACGUCCGCCGAUGCAAGCAGAUGAGAAGGAUGCCAACCCAGUGAUAUUCGGAUCUCUGUUCAACUUCACGUACGUAACAAGUGACUGGAUUGGUGCAGGCGGCAACGGCUCCAUUUACAAAGCCGCAGUACUGGACGAUGCCGGCAGUCCUCUGCAGGCCUUCGUGGCUGUUAAAGAGUUUUUCUUCAAUCCUCGGGAAUAUUUCGCCCAGCCAGAGCAUUUUGACGAGUUGUGCCGGAAGUAUUCGCUGCUGCCAACCAUCAAGCACGAUAACCUGAUAUCGUACCGUCAAGUGAGGAUCGCCAAAGCCGAUCUGGGAGGAGUGUCAAUCAAGAUCGCCAUGGAUUAUUACCCGGACGGGGAUCUGGCCAUGUACUUGGAGAGAUUACAUGGACGGAAAGAGCUACUUGACCAAGCGCAAGCCAUCCACUUUGCCCUGGACAUCGCCCGCGGUUUGCAGCACCUGCACGCCCAGCACAUCAUCAACGGGGACCUUAAGCCCCAGAAUGUAAUUUUACAUAUCCUUCCCGACGGAGAGAUACGAUUGGUCAUCUGCGACUUAGAUGGGUCCAUUCGCAUGGAAACGAACAAAACAUGCUCCAGGGAUAUUACGCAGCGCUACGGUACGGACGGGUACAUGGCACCGGAAGUCCUGAAGAAAUUCGCUGCGAAAGGAAUGGAGCAAAACGAUCCCGCUGUAGCCAGCAUACUGAUUGGGAGGAGUUCAGACAUAUGGAGUUUAGGCUGCAUCCUCGUCGAUUUCGGCAACGCUAUGACCGGAGCAGAACCCGUACUGCACUACAGGAAUCACUUUGUGCCGGCUGGAGCCGGCCAGCUCGGUUACAUGGCAUGGAAGGGUUUUCUGGAAAGCGGUUAUAUUCCGUAUAUUUGUGAUACAGUCCUUGCUGACGUGGCCCGCUGCUGCCUGCAGCUCGAUAGCGAUAAGAGAAUCUCGGCAGGUGAUCUGGCAGGCAAACUGCAAACCCUCGAAGAAGCUCUGCAAGCGCCACCCGGUGGAGGUCUGCGAUCGUAUGGUCGAGAUUUUUGCAUGUACGACCGCGUUGCCCGUGACGGCGUUUCUGGUGGUCAUGGGCGGGAUAUUAUGGCUGUGAUUAACCCAAAACGAUAUGUACAGAUUGUAUAGCUAGGCCGCUAUGAACUAUCGCACCAGUUUUAUAUACUCAUACUGCCCAAUUUAAUGAUCCUGUUUUUCCAGUUCUCAUACUUCCAUGCUUGUUUUCUAGGAUUAAUUUUUAAGUUAGACAAUAAUUUAGAGUACGACUAACAUCAUUAGGCAGCAUAUUUAUUUUAUUUGAUGACAAACACCCGGUAAACGCCUUGUGAUUUGAUUUGCAACACUAGAGUAGAGAAGUUUUUCGUUACAGUAGAACGUAUUAAUAUAUGUACUAGUACUUAUGUAUGUAUGUGCGCGCUAGAUGUCAUAUUGAUUAGGAAUACCGA